AUGGACCCGAACCGUAUCGUGCAGGCGCUGAAGGGGACCAUCGACCCGAGCCUGCGCCUGGCGGCCGAGAGCGAGCUGAACCAGUCAUAUAAAAUCAUCAACUUUGCUCCGACGCUGCUGCAGAUCAUUGUCUCAGAACAAGUGGAGUUCCCCGUCCGCCAGGCAGCUGCCAUCUACCUGAAGAACAUGGUGAGUCAGUACUGGCAGGACCGAGAACCCGCCGUGGGGGACGUGGUGUUUCCGUUCAACAUCCACGAGAACGACCGGCUGCAGAUCCGAGAGCACAUCGUGGAGGGGAUCAUCCGCUGCCCGGAGUCCAUACGGGCCCAGUUGACCAUGUGUCUCCGUACCAUCAUCCGUCAUGACUUCCCGGGGCGGUGGCCUGGUGUGGUGGAUAAACUGCAGUUGUACCUGAGAGCGCAGAACAGCAGCGGCUGGUACGGCGCUCUGCUCGCCCUCUACCAGCUGGUCAAGACCUACGAGUACCGUAAGUCUGAGGAGAGAGACCCCCUCCUGGCGGCCAUGUCUGUGUUCUUGCCGCGUGUCCAGCAGCUUCUCUCUGAGCUUCUGUCGGACGGAACCAUCUUCUCUGUCCUCAUCCAGAAACAAGUGCUGAAGGUCUUCUACUCUCUGGUGCAGUACUCUCUCCCUCUGCGGUUGAUCGAUCACGCGGUGAUGACGCAGUGGAUGGAAGUCCUGAGGCAAAUCAUGGAGCGCGACGUGCCGGCGGAGACUCUGGAGGUGGACGAGGACGACCGGCCGGACCUGGCCUGGUGGAAGUGUAAGAAGUGGGCCAUGAGGAUCAUCACCAGAGUCUUCGAACGAUAUGGGAGUCCAGGAAACGUCACUAAAGAAUAUUCAGAGUUUGCAGAUUUCUUCCUGAAAACGUACGCCGUGGGUCUGCAGCAGACGCUGCUGAAGGUGGUGGAUCAGUUCAGACAGAGACAGUACGUGACUCCUCGGGUCCUGCAGCAGUGUCUGCUGUACCUGAGCCAAGGACUGUCCCACUCUGUCACAUGGAAGCACCUGAAGCCCCACAUGCAGAUCCUGAACCAGGAAGUGAUCUUUCCUCUGAUGUGCUACAAGGACGAGGACGAGAGGCUGUGGCAGGAGGACCCCUACGAGUACAUCCGCAUGAAGUUCAAUCUGUACGACGACCACGCACUGCCCGCCACCGCUGCACAGGCGCUACUGUGUAAGGCAGCACGCAAACGGAAAGAGGUUCUUCCUCAGAUGAUGGACUUCUGUCACCAGACGCUCUCGAACCCCUCUGCUGACCCCCGCAGGAAGGACGGGGCACUGCACUGUGUGGGCACUCUGGGAGAACUACUACUGAAGAAGCGGGUGUACCGGGAGCAGAUGGAGAUGAUGUUGCAGAACUAUGUGUUUCCGCUGCUGAACUCUCCUCUGGGAUAUCUGCGAGCACGAUCGUGCUGGGUACUGCACUGCUUCAGCCCCCUGAGGUUCCACGACGAGCAGGUGCUGUGCAGUGCUGUGGCGCUGGUGAAGCAGGACCUGGUGGAGGACCAGGAGAUGCCUGUGAAGGUGGAGGCGGCCAUUGCUCUGCAGACGCUGGUGUCCAACCAGCAACAAGCCAAAGUAGCGAUCCGUCCGUUCAUUCGACCCGUGAUGCAGACGCUGCUCCACGUCGUCAGGGAAACGGAGAACGACGAUUUGACAAACGUCAUCCAGAAACUCAUCUGUGAAUACAACCAGGAAGUGGCACAGACAGGGACCAGCAGCAGACAGGGACCACCAGCAGGAGACAGGGACCAGCAGGAGACAGGGACCACCAGCAGGAGACAGGGACCAGCAGCAGACAGGGACCACCAGCAGGAGACAGGGACCAGCAGGAGACAGGGACCACCAGCAGCAGACAGGGACCACCAGCAGGAGACAGGGACCAGCAGGAGACAGGGACCACCAGCAGGAGACUAUGGACCAGCAGCAGACAGGGACCAGCAGCAGACAGGGACCAGCAGCAGACAGGGACCACCAGCAGGAGACAGGGACCAGCAGGAGACUAUGGACCAGCAGCAGACAGGGACCAGCAGCAGACAGGGACCAGCAACAGACAGGGACCAGCAGGAGACUAUGGACUACAGCAGAUCAUUACAGUACUGA